AGGUAAGAUGAGCGCGGAGGAGUUCCUGGCGGAGGCGCAUUUGCUCAAGAAGAUGAGGCACCCGAAGCUCCUCCAGCUCUAUGCCGUGUGCACGAUGGAGGAGCCUUACUUCAUCAUCACGGAGCUCAUGCGCCACGGAUCGCUUCUCGACCAUCUCAGAGGUCGAGGACGCGGGAUGGUCCUCGAGGACAGAGUGUACAUCGGGGCGCAGGUGGCCUCGGGCAUGGAGUACCUCGAGAACAAGAAUUUCAUCCACCGGGACUUGGCCGCGAGGAACGUCCUGGUGGGCGACCACAACACGGUCAAGGUGGCGGACUUCGGGCUGUCGAGGCUCGUCAAGGAGGAAGAGUAUGAGGCGCACGCGGGAGCCAAGUUCCCCAUCAAGUGGACAGCUCCGGAGGCCUUGUCCUUUUCCAAAUUCACGACCAAGUCCGACGUGUGGUCCUUCGGGUCUAUAUCUCAUGGAGUCGUGACAUACUAUGGCGCACAAACCGUCACCAAUAUGAUGUGGAUGUGCCAAGGCAUGUCCAACAUCGAGGUCGUGGAAGCCGUGGAGCGCGGCUACCGCAUGCCGUGCCCGAGCUCGUGCCCGCAACUGCUCUACAACAUCAUGCUGGAGUGCUGGGCAAGGGAGCCGGCCAACCGACCCACCUUCGAGACGCUGCGCUGGAAGCUCGAGGAUUACUUCUUCCUGGAGGAGACGGAGUACCGGGAGGCGGAGGUGGUGAUGUAGGGCGCGGCGGCAGGCAGGCUGGCGUCGCCCCAUGCUGCUUGAUGUAGGCCUAUGGGCGGAGAUGCAAGUUUAUGUGGGGUGUAUGUGCAAUCAAAGGCAAUAAACCCAUGUAUGAUACAGGGCCUAGAUUCCAAUUUACGUAAAAUCAUAAAUUGUGAAAAUCAUGUAGAAUAUUACACGUGAGAUUGUAAAUUACAAAAAAAUACUUUUGGGCUUACAUGAACAGUUAAAUCUGACACUGGAAUUGAGAAAAGUUUUAUUAUAG